AUGGAGAUGAGAAGAAACAUGAGGAACAAUAAGUUUCAACCUAUGGCUUCAGAACAUCAAGAUGUUCUUAAACACUUAAUAGCUGUUUUUGUUAGGCACAAGCUUGGAGGAGGUAGUGGAGAAAGCAUCUUGGUGUCGCAGCUUCAGCACGGGCUGACACUGGAAUUUGAACACAGCGAUUCGCCUCGUCGGCUUCGUCUCGUACUUAGCGAAUUACUAGCAAUUAUGAAUAAGGUGUCGGAAUCAAAUGGAGAGUUUUUUCUGAAAUCUUCUGAGCUCUUUGAGAGUCCUGUUUAUCUGGAGGAGGCAGCAGAUGUUCUCUGCAUUUUGCAAGCAGAGCUACCAUCACUGUUACCGAUAGUUGAUGUGGCUGAAGCUCUCUUGCACGUUAAAAAUGGAGCCUGGUUCCUCUGCCUUCUGGUGGCCAAUGUUCCUGAUAGCUUUAAUGAGGUCUGUAGAGGUUUGAUUAAGAACGGUGAACGGCAGGAUGAGGAAAGUGCUGGAGGCCGUCGCAGAACAGAAGCACUUCGCCACCUCUGUAAGAUGAACCCUUCCCAAGCUCUGAGGGUCCGAGGCAUGGUGGUGGAAGAGUGUCAUCUACCAGGUCUUGGUGUGGCUUUGACCUUGGAUCACACCAAAAAUGAAUCGUCAGAUGAUGGAGUGAGCGACCUGGUGUGCUUUGUGAGUGGUUUGCUACUUGGAACAAACGCAAAGGUUCGAACUUGGUUUGGAACUUUUAUCCGAAAUGGCCAACAGAGAAAGAGAGAUAAUAUCAGCUCUGUGCUUUGGCAAAUGAGGAGGCAGCUGCUCCUGGAGCUCAUGGGAAUCCUUCCCACGGUUCGCAGCACACACAUUGUUGAAGAAGCAGAUGUUGAUAUGGAGCCAAAUGUGUCCGUGUAUUCAGGACUGAAGGAAGAGCACGUCGUGAAAGCCAGCGCAUUGUUACGUCUCUAUUGCGCUUUGAUGGGAAUUGCUGGGCUGAAGCCAACUGAUGAAGAAGCUGAGCAGCUGCUGCAGCUGAUGACCAGCCGGCCUCCUGCAACUCCAGCUGGUGUUCGCUUUGUAUCUCUUUCCUUUUGUAUGCUUCUGGCCUUCUCCACUCUCGUCAGCACCCCAGAACAGGAGCAACUGAUGGUAAUGUGGCUUAGUUGGAUGAUAAAGGAGGAAGCUUACUUUGAAAGCAUUUCUGGUGUGUCUGCUUCUUUUGGAGAGAUGCUUCUCUUGGUGGCCAUGUAUUUCCAUAGUAAUCAGCUCAGUGCUAUCAUUGAUUUGGUCUGCUCCACCUUGGGAAUGAAGAUUGUUAUUAAACCCAGCUCACUCAGCAGAAUGAAGACAAUCUUCACACAGGAGAUUUUCACUGAACAGGUUGUUACGGCCCACGCAGUUCGUGUGCCUGUUACAGGCAAUCUCAGUGCCAACAUUACUGGGUUUUUACCUAUUCACUGCAUUUACCAGCUUUUAAAAAGUCGAUCAUUCACCAAGCACAAAGUAUCCAUUAAGGACUGGAUCUAUCGGCAGCUCUGUGAAACGACCACUCCACUCCAUCCUCAGUUGCUUCCUCUUAUUGAUGUCUACAUUAACUCUAUCCUUACUCCUGCAUCUAAAUCCAACCCAGAGGCCACAAAUCAGCCUGUCACGGAACAGGAGAUACUGAAUGUUUUUCAAGGACUCUCUGGGGUAAAUCCAAAUUUUUGUUCUCAAGAAUCAGGAAUGCAACAUGACCUUUGUAUGUGGUUUUAUGUACAGGGAGAAAAUACUCGUCUCACUCAACGGUACAGCAUCACAACACAAUUGCUUGUCCUCUACUAUGUCCUGUCGUAUGAAGAAGCACUUCUGGCAAACACAAAGACACUAGGUACAUCUGCCAUGCAGAAAAAACCCAAAUCCUACUCUUCAGCGUUAAUGGAUCAGAUUCCCAUCAAGUACCUCAUCCGGCAGGCACAAGGGCUGCAGCAGGAACUGGGAGGUUUGCAUUCUGCACUGUUACGCCUUCUUGCAACUAACUACCCACACCUCUGCAUUGUGGAAGACUGGAUCUGCGAGGAACAGAUCACGGGCACUGAUGCCUUACUGAGGAGGAUGCUUCUGACAAACAUUGCGAAGAAUCACUCGCCCAAACAGCUCCAGGAAGCAUUUUCCAUGCUGCCAGGAAAUCAUACCCAGCUGAUGCAGAUCUUAGAACAUUUAACACUUCUCUCAGCUGGUGAAUUGAUCCCAUAUGCAGAAGUAUUGACAUCGAAUAUGAAUUGCUUGCUGAAUGCUGGAGUCCCUCGGAGGAUUCUUCAGACUGUCAAUAAACUUUGGAUGGUUCUUAACACUGUGAUGCCAAGAAGGUUGUGGGUGAUGACUGUUAAUGCUCUACAGCCUUCAGUAAAAAUAGUCCGACAGCAGAUAUACACCCAGAACGAUCUGAUGAUCGAUCCUUUGAUUGUACUAAGAUGUGAUCAGCGAGUUCAUAGGAGUCCUCCUCUGAUGGAUAUAACUUUGCACAUGUUGAAUGGCUAUCUUCUUGCUUCAAAAGCUUACCUCAAUUCUCACCUAAAAGAAACGGCAGAGCAGGACAUUAGGCCAUCCCAAAACAACACAAUGGGUCCAGAGGCCCCAGAAGUUACAAGGGAAGAAUUAAAAAAUGCAUUGCUUGCUGCUCAGGACAGUGCUGCUGUGCAGAUACUUCUAGAGAUCUGCUUACCUACAGAAGAAGAGAAAACCCAGAGCAGUAAUACCCACAGUUUGCUGAAGAGUGUUCAUAAUCCCACAGGCCCUAAGAGCCCUGAACUAGAAGAAGAAGAUAGUUUGCUGUGUAAUCUUCGAGAGGUCCAGUGUCUGAUCUGCUGUCUACUGCACCAGAUGUAUAUAGCUGAUCCCAACAUAGUCAAACUAGUUCAUUUCCAGGGUUAUCCAUGUGAGCUUCUGGCACUGACAGUGGCGGGGAUUCCAUCGAUGCACAUCUGUCUGGAUUUUAUCCCGGAGCUCAUUGCCCAGCCUGAACUUGAAAAACAGAUAUUUGCCAUCCAGUUACUUUCCUUUUUGUGUAUCCAGUAUGCGCUACCUAAAUCUCUCAGCGUGGCUCGUUUAGCUAUCAACGUGAUGGGAACCCUGCUCACGGUUUUAACCCAGUCGAAGCGCUAUGCUUUUUUUAUGCCAACUCUGCCUUGUUUGGUGUCAUUCUGCCAAGCCUUUCCUCCUUUAUAUGAGGACAUUAUGUCUCUGCUGAUACAAAUAGGACAAGUUUGUGCCUCUGAUGUUGCUACACAGACAAGAGACUUUGACCCAAUUAUCACACGUCUUCAGCAGCUAAAGGACAAACCACAUGAAGUGUCAGGACUUUGUAAAGAUUCAUCUAACAAAAGUUAUUCAAGGGACAUUGCAAGCAUGGACCCUGAUGUUCGGUUAUGCCAGUGUGUUGAAAAUACUAUCAUUGAAAUAAUUAACAUGAGUGUAAGUGGAGUUUAGGAAGAACACAAAUGAAAUUGUACUGUAGCUAGUCCCACGGUCUGUGGUGCCUGAAUUUGGAGAAAGCUGCGCAAGUGGACUGAGGAACUGGAGCACAAGAAGUCCGUGUUCUUCCUUCAUUCAAUUCAGUUACGGCUGAAAAGAAAAGAAUUCUUUAAAGAGGUUUACGUUAACUUUUGAGGCUGAUGGGGUCAGUAAGUAAUUUCCAAUAAAACUGAGUGUGAUUUUCAGGCCUGCUCAGUUUCUGAAGUGAUGCAGCAAUGCACCUGAAAGGGUGUUUUAACACUGUGAAAAGUAAUUAAUUUGUUGAGCAAACAACAAAAUGAUGGGUAAGAAAAAUUUGGGAUUGGAGUGCUUUGCCUAAGUUAAAUGAACUGUGGUUCCAGAGCCUUACAGAGCAAGGUGGAAUAAAAUGCUCCAAGCAAGACUUGAAAUCAAGUGGUGUAAGUAACUUGCACCAUCAUAUUGAGUACUAAGAGAAUGCUUUAACCUUUUUUUUUUUUUCUGUCUUGCAAACUUAUUGGUCAAAAUUUAAGUUCAUGAGAUCAGGAACUUCAUUUAAAGAUCAACCAGCCUUCCAUUAAAAGUUUGAAACUGAUCAAAAGUUUCUU